CCAUCCUCAUCACCACAUCCGUCUCCCAAAUACCCAUUGCCACGCCUCCCUGCAAAUAGUGGGCCAGAUGACAACAUCGUCACUGUCCACGGCGGUCAGAAUCUUGCCGAGGCCGGCCUGCGCCGUAAGAAGUCUGACCUUGCCACAGGCAUGCGCAAUUGCAUAUCGGCAACAUGCCUUGCCUUGCCGCCUCUUUGCAACCUCUUCAGCUCUCCGUCGGGCUGGGGACACCAAGACUGGCCCUCGCAGUCGAGAUGAUAACCGCGCUGGACCUCCAUACAAGCAGCCUUCUUUCCGGUCAGGUGCGUCUUCUUCGAGGCCCAAGAGACCGCAUCCAAAUCAUUACUCCUCCUCGUCGGACGGGCGUGAGCGGCCGGUGGUGGACUUUUCCAUCGAGAAGCCGCCUUCGGUAGAGCAGCUCAAGACGAUGCUACAAGAUACUCUCAGCAGCUUCUCCAAGGAUCUGUACCUCGCAAAUCGCUUCGAGGCGAUCGGUCUCAAGGGAGAGCCGUUGCAAGAGAUUAUGGUCAGACAAGAUAUGGGCAAGGCAAGCAAUGACGGGUCACCACUUGACGUGCUGAUACAGAGGUGGGCAUCCAGAAGAAAGUCACAAAUAUUGCAGGACGCGUCAAAAGCUUCUUCGCCGUUGCUGGCAGAUGCAGCUUCAGCAUUCGCAGGGAUCGGCCGCAUCAGUGGAGGCGAAACAGCGCAGAGGUAUGCUCUCACUCGCCUUCACAUUCGGGACUUCCUACAAUUCGUUCGAGACGGCCUGACGCAGAUUGCCGAGGCUGAAGCAGGCUCUGCUGAGCUCCUGCAGUCAACUCGACUCAUGCUUACUUCCCUGGACAGCCUUCGAUCAUUGACCUCCCUCGUGCGGCCGCAUCUUCUCUACCCUGCAGCUCGCUCGAUGAAGAGGCAUAUACAUCUUCAUGUAGGCCCAACCAAUUCCGGCAAGACGCACAAUGCUCUCGUCCGCCUCUGUCAAGUCAACUCCGGGAUGUACCUGGGACCUCUCCGUCUUCUAGCCCACGAGAUCUGGGAGCGCAUCAACAAUGGGAAAAUCGCAGGCAACAUUCCCCCUCGAGCCUGCAACCUCAAGACUGGUGAAGAGGAGCAAGCGGUCGAGGACAGGAAUCUCGGUAUCGGCUCUACUGGACUGACCUCUUGUACAGUCGAAAUGUUCGAGGCGAAUAGACCGCUUGACGUUCUUGUUCUGGAUGAGAUUCAGAUGAUCGGCGAUGAGCAACGAGGGUAUGCCUGGACCCAUGCUCUCCUUGGCGCUCGAGCGAAAGAGCUGCAUCUCUGUGGUGAGGCUUCAGUGGUGCCUCUCAUCAAGGAAAUAGCCAAGGCCUGUGGCGACGAAUUGACGGUGCACAAUUACGAGCGUCUCACACCUUUGAAAGUCGCAGAGAAGAGCUUGGAUGGCGAUCUGGGCAAGAUCAGACCGGGCGACUGUGUCGUAGCCUUCUCGCGCACUGGCAUCUUCGGUCUCAAGGCAAGGAUCGAAGCCAUGCCUGUGCAGCCAGGACAACCUCCACUGAAGUGCGCAGUAGCAUACGGAAACCUCCCGCCUGAGGUCAAAGCAGAGCAAGCUAGGCUUUUCAACGAAGGUGUUGAGGCCAACGUGAUGGUCGCGAGCGACGCCAUCGGCAUGGGUCUCAACCUACGCAUCAAGCGGAUGAUUUUCGAGACCACCUUCAAAUGGAAUGGGCAGGAGAUGGAAGCCCUGAGUGCUAGCCAGAUCAAACAGAUUGCAGGAAGAGCAGGGAGGUAUGGCACGAAGAGGGGCGAGAAGGACGAAGAUGGAGGUGUCGUCUGCACGAUGUCAGAAGACGACAUGCCUGUGCUGCGAGCUGCUCUUGAGAGCCCGAUGCGACACAUCAACCACGCAAGGAUUGCGGCUCUGCCUGGCACCAUUGACGUCCUCUCAACGAUGCUUCCUUCUAUACCUGUCGUCUUGCCAAAGGAUCACUGGAAGAUGGAGGAAAGCAAGAUAGACGCUGCUGCCAGGAAGAGGAAAGAGAUGGCGCAACGGAACUCUGGUCGCCCAUCGCCCUGGGGCUCCUUCGAAGACCCGCAGGACGAGGCUAAAGAGAGAGAAGCUGGAGCCCGGGACAGUGAUGUACCAGAGGGCAUGGCGAAGACAUACACGGACAUCUACGCAGAUAUGUCCCUGCUGUGUGACGUCGACACCAGUCGUUACGUCCUCGGCUCCUUCCGACAGCAAAGUGACAUUGGGCCUCUGGUUCAUGAAGCCAGUACUAUUUCCGGAGACACAAGAACGCUGGCCUCUGGCGAGCGACCACAGUCAGUUUUGACACUGGGCGAGCAAGCCCAAUUCUGCCACGCUCCACUCAAUGUGCGCGAUCCUAUCUUGAUUAAUUGCUUCAAGGCAAUGGUAGCCUCGUAUGCCCGGGGUGAGAUUGUGGAUAUCGAGGCGAUCAUUCGGAAGGAGAAGCUGCUGGACUCCCUUGUCGAAGUUGAAGAUGUAAUGCUCUCCAUGCACGCGAGGUGGGAGCAGGACCGCCAGCGCUCGCAAGUCGACCACGUCGACGUCAGUGAAGGUCGAGCCUCCCCUGCUGCGCCAUCCUCGCCAGCUGCUAGCGACAAGUCAGCCAACAGCAGCAUCUCCGUCCUCGAGCUCGCAAACUACAUCCCCGGCCGUAACCCCUUCAACAGCGCUCCCGAUCGUUCCUCAUCCAGCAGUGCUCCCAUCCUCAUCAUCCUCGAAAGUCUUCAUCGUGCCCUCUGCAUGUACAUCUGGCUCAACUCUCGCAGCAAGCUAGCCUUUUCUCAACGCAACCUUGCACAGCACUUCAAGUUGAGGACGGAAAAGGCAAUUGAAUUUGUGCUGCAGGCGAUGAAGGUUGGGAGGAGCAAGAGGUUGCAGGCGUUAGGGAGGGGCGGGGAGGAAGGAAAGAGCAAGGGACAGAGAUCUGGAGAUAGGUGGAGAGACGGGAGGGACGAUAGGAGAGGCGGCCGGAGGGACGAUGGACCGCAAAGGAGAGCGGGUGGUGGUGGCGGCGGCGGCGAUGAUCGCAAGGGGGGCUUCAGGCGAAGGAGGGACGAUCCCUUUGCGGACGGGCCGCCCAGGAGGGGCGACCAAAGCAGAGCAUGGGCGUAACGUCGGCAGGAAAAAAGUGUUGCCCAAGUAAAGGGAAGCGCCAGUAUUUGCCAUGGAGUUCAUCUGUAACAUAAUCAAUACACCUCUCCAUCUCGAUGCACCGACCCACUUCGGAGCCGCCACCGCCGCCUCUUUCCCGCACGCGCCAUGCUCCCCGAUCACUUCUUGGCAAAAAGCUACUCAACACAUCCACACCCAAGUGGUACACGAAUGUAUACACAGACGCCACCCUUGCGUAGCAGUGAGCUUGGGUAGCAUCGCGUAGGCCGAGUUGCAUUGCAUUGCGCUGUGCUGCAUUCUGUGGUGUACGUACAAGUGGAGAAGGAGCGAAAAAGGCUU